GGCCCGUGACGUAGGGGAGCCCAGCGCGGGAAAACGGGUCCCCAACGGCCCCAAGCCUCCAUCUUCGCUUCUCCAGAGCCCCGACUGCUGUCUCCGCCAUGGCCGAGCCCUCGUCCGAGCUGUCCUCUGAGGCCUGCCCCGGCGCCCAGGCACCUGAAGAGGCCGAAUCGGCCCAGGCACCUGAAGAGGCUGAAUCGUCCACGACGACCCAGAAGCAGAAGCAGCCGAGGCGUCGCAGCCGCCGCUCCAGCCGUGACCGCGACAGCUUCGCCACCUACUUCCCCAGGGUCCUGAAGCUGGUGCACGACGACCUCCGCCUGUCCCCUGCGGCCGUGAGGGUGAUGGAUUCGUUCGUCCACGACAUCUUCGAGCGCAUCGCCGAGGAGGCCGGCCGGCUGGCGCGCUACACCGAGCGCUCGACCAUCACCGCCAGAGAGGUGCAGACGGCCGUGCGCCUCACGCUGCCCGGGGAGAUGGGCAAGUUCGCCGUGUCCGCGGGCAACAAGGCCGUGCUCAGAUACACGCGCAGCAAGUACGCCGCCCCCGCCCCGCCGGAGCAGCGGCCCCCAAAGGCUCUCGUCAGAGCCACCCCGGACGGCCCGGAGCAGCAGUAGCCGGCGCGGCCCGCACCCCGUGCUCCUGGCAGUCGGCGCCAGGCCGCUUCGGGGCCAAGUGUUCAGUUCAGAGACUUGUUUGGUUCAAAAGUUUAUUUUCCAGCCCUCAGAUUCUUCCUGGGUUUGAUCUGCCCUCGUUUUGAGGCUUUCCACUCAGUUGUGUCAUUCCCUCAAUAAAUUGUUCAUUUUGAGAA